UUUACAAGCCAAUUACCAAGAAAAACAAUUCUUUCAUCAUUUUCCAAAUGGCCAUGGAGGGAAAGCAAACUAGAGGUAGGCAAAAGAUUGAGAUGAAGAGGAUCGAAAACGAAGAGGAUCUUCUCGUUUCUUUCUCGAAACGGAGAUCCGGCGUCUACAAAAAAGCUAGCGAGAUGAUAACACUAUGUGGCGGUGAGGUGGGAAUUGUGGUUUUCUCACCAUCUGGCAAGCCUUUCUCAUAUGGUCAUCCAUCUGUCGACAAUGUCAUCAAUCGGUUUCUGGACCAAAAUCCACCCGAAAACGAUGACUACACUAUUCAGUUCAUGGAGGCUCAUCGACAGACGAGAAUUUCUGAGGCUAUCGAACAGUACGACGAGCUUAUCAACCAGUUAGAAGAUGUGCGGGAGCGACAGAAAUCGCUCCUAAGGAAAGCCAGGAGAAGGAGGAAUCGAGAGCACCUGUGGUGGAGUGCACCCCUUGAUGAGCUUGGGGUGGAUGAGCUCAAACAAGUCUAUGCAUCCUCGGCGGAGCUACACAUGACAAUCUCCAACCAUCUUAAGGAGAGGAGUACUAAUAUUUUUGGUGCCUCCUCUUCUGGAUCUGUCCAACAAACCAAUCUCAACUUUUAUGCAAAUCCAAGUGGGACUGGUUCUUAUGCAUUUCCUCCUGGCUACGGCCAUUAAUUUUGAAAAACCCUCCUUAAAGCUAGCUAGGGUUUUUCAAAGUAGGACACAUGAGUGGGUUAUUUUACUAAAUCCAAAUGCCCCCUUUAUUACUUAGUAAUUUCAAUUGUUGCGCCCACAUGAGUUUAUGUAGAUUUACUUUUUGUUUAAUUAUAAUUAUUACUUGCAUUUUAAUUCAGUUAUAUGAGUAAUUGAACCAGGAGUAGAAGUUUCUUGAUCAUA